AUGGGUCGCGUAAGGACUAAGACUGUCAAGAAGGCAGCAAAAAUCAUUAUUGAAAAAUACUACACUCGACUAACUUUGGAUUUUGAUACAAACAAGAGGAUAUGCGAAGAAAUCGCCAUAAUACCCACUAAGCCUCUUCGUAACAAAAUUGCCGGUUUUGCUACUCAUUUAAUGAGACGGCUCAGACAUUCCCAAGUACGUGGUAUAUCAAUCAAGUUACAAGAAGAGGAACGUGAACGUCGUGACAACUAUGUUCCUGAGGUAUCUGCACUUGAACAUGACAUUAUUGAAGUAGAUCCUGACACAAAGGACAUGUUGAAGAUGUUAGAUUUUAACAACAUCAAUGGCCUUCAACUAACCCAACCAGCUACACAGGGAGGUUAUGGAGGCAGACGUAAUUAA